CGAUCCCACACUUAAGAUAACACACAGAACUACUUCUAAAUGCGUUUGUUCAUUGGUUUUUCAGAAAUGACUGUUAUACAGAAGAAGGAGCCAGGUCACAUAUUCUUUUUCCAACACAAAGAAACUGGUUUUGAUACAAGAUGUCUCACUCAGGAGAUGCAGCAAAUAACAUUAAAGAUAUGGCUAUUGAUUUCAUAGCAGGAUCCUUAGGAGGAAUUGGCUCAGUUUAUGUUGGUCAACCUUUGGAUACUGUAAAAGUGAAAAUGCAGACAUUUCCAGCAUUGUAUCAGGGAAUGGUGGAUUGUUUUCGACAAACUCUAAUGAAGGAAGGAGUUGCAAGAGGUCUGUAUGCUGGGACAGUGCCAGCUAUAGCAGCAAAUGUUGCUGAGAACUCUGUUCUCUUUGCUUGUUAUGGAUUAUGCCAAAAAGCUAUAGCAAAAGCUGUGGGAGUCCAGAAUACUGGUGAUCUGAGCACUCUUGCAAAUGCUUCUGCAGGUUUCUUUGCUGCCUUCUUUUCAUCCCUUGUUUUGUGCCCUACAGAGCUGGUUAAAUGCCAACUACAAGCCAUGCGGGAGGUUCAGAUGCAAUCACUGAAACAAGGGGAUACAGUGAGUAAAAUUGGACCAUUCCGCUUAACGAAGAAUAUCUUACAAAAAGAUGGGAUCAGUGGUUUGUUCAGAGGAUUAACAUCAACAAUUGCCCGUGAAAUGCCUGGGUAUUUUUUCUUUUUUGGAGGAUAUGAGGCAUCUAGAACAUUCCUUACUCCACAAGGGCAAACAAAAGAUGAUAUAGGACCCCUCAAGACAAUGGCCUCAGGUGCAAUUGGUGGAGUCGUAUUCUGGAUGGUCACAUUUCCUGCUGAUGUGAUAAAAUCACGUAUUCAGGUAGCAGGUUCAAAGGAGACAAUGACUUCAGUUCUGAUGCGUAUCAUUCGGAAAGAAGGUCCAUAUGCACUCUACAAUGGCCUUCGACCAACUGUUGUCCGUACAAUUCCUGCCACUGCAACAUUGUUCCUUGUGUAUGAGAAUAGUAAGAAACUCAUGCACCAUUUUACUGACUGAAGUAUUUAAAUAGAAAUGAUCAUGCUGCACUAGAAUGCAUAAAUUGUGCAAAAGUACUGUAAUGUGGGUAAUAGUAAUAUAUUAGCCAACACAAAGAGCAUGUAAAUCCACAAACUCACCUAGGACAGUUAACUCUUGAAUAAUAUGAGGGGCAUCAUUUUGUUACUUUUUGUGAAAAUAUAAAUAACUAUAUUUUAAAGACAACAUUUUUCAUAAGGAAAUGUGAUGAGCAUUGGAAUCAUUCACCCAGUAUGGCAGAGCUAUGUGGAUGUACGGUAUGCACUCAUAAUGCCUGUGUAGAAUUCUUUUGUAUAAUUUCCAUAAACUUACAAUGUAAGUUUGUUUGUAUUUAAGACAGAUGGCUGGCUAUGGAUCAUUUGUCAAAAAGUGUGAAAUCAAGGUUAAGUUUAUAAUAAAACAAAUUACAAAUA